AGCUAAUAACCCCGGAAGGACAAUAACAAAACCAAUCCGGAAGCAGCACAUGUACGCAAUCAAUGCUCCGAAAGAACGUCCUGCGAACGAUACUUCAUUAAGCAGACUCUCGGCGCAUGUGUCGUAAGCUCCGCCCCUUUGUGCCUCUAUAUCACACAACAGUCUGCGACAUAGGGCGAGGCAGCAGCAUGGAGAAGGGAGAGCAGAGCACGGCUGGGCCUAAGAAAAAUCGGGGCCCAAAAAAGGCAAAGAAGCCAUUGAAGGCCACACCGAUGAGCAGGCAGGAGAUGCUGGAGCUUGUGAGCUUUCUUGAAAAAUUUGACUAUGAUGGUAAGCUUAAAACUUACCAGAAGCCUAAUGCACGGAAGGAUCGGAUCCUGGAGAAAGUCAUACAAGUUAUCGAGAAAAAACAUGGGAUUCUGCGCUCCAAAGACCAAUUAAGGAAAAGAUGGUCCGAUUUGAAAAAUAGGGAACAAGCCCAACUGAAAAAAAUCCAUGUGCUCAUAGAAAAAAGGAAAAAUAAGCAAAAAAACGGCCAAAGAAUAAAUUCUACAGUAGAAAACAAUCCCUUGCUUCAGCGUGCGACAGGCUCAUCAUCUAAUCCUGGAAUGACAAACAUCCAAACAGAGGAAAUAAUUCAAAUUUCCCCUACCCAAGAUUCCAGUCCUGAAGGCUCACCAUGUAACUCCGCAUUGACGAACAUACACACAGAGGACAUAAUUACAAUUUCCCCUACCCAAGAUUCCAGUCCUGAAGAAAAUCAAAGAUACCAUCUACUUGAAGAGAUGCAGACGGACCAUUCUGGGAUGGAGGUUUGGGAUCAUCCCCUGAGUGAAAGACAUCAAAACCUGGAUCUCAUUGAGAUCACCCCUUUAGUGGAGGAUGUAGCAAAUGCCAGAGCCAUAACAGAUGGAUCUCAGAAUAUUGUAUCCAGCACAGGUAAUCCGCUGCAAAGUAGUACCAUUACGCAUUCAAAGAUGGAUGUUUUGCGCUGUUGUGGCGAACUCGAGAAGAUCAAACGAUCAGCUGCAGCACUUCAGCACAAUUUGAAAGGCUUUAUAGAAUUGAUGAACAAAAUCUAAAUGCUGGACCUGUUAAGUUGUUUGCACAGUUUUUUUAGAUUCUUUUACAUUUGUUUGUACAGUUUUUUUGAAAAAAAAUGUCCAAAAUUGGAUGAGCAUUUCAGGCUGCAUUACCUUAUGUAAUCCGAUGUUUCCCGACAACCAAAUUGCUUAAAUAUUACAUUCAACCUAGUUGUCAGAAUGUCAUUUUAGACCGAUGUUUUUUUUUUGGUAGCGGUACCUGCCUUUGUUUCCCACACGGCUUCCGGAUGUGUGAUCUGUGUCCCUGGUCGUUACCACUGGCGCAUGCAGUGCGUCUGCAGCUUCAGAAUGAAGCUGGUCUGCUACUAGUCU